GCCCGUGACUUGUGUCGCAUCCCCUGUGUCUGCAAGACGUGGAAAAGCCUUCUCUGCGAGACUUACGCCAAAUCGGAGGCCAACCGACGGCGUGUGCGACACCUCAAGAGAGUCCGCAAACUACGCAAAAGUGUGGGACAGGAGAAUUGGCCAAUAAAAGGACGCACACCUGUGGCCACCCGUUCCCGCACAGCCUUAUCUGAUAUCCGGAACGUCUACCGAACUAUCAAACCGACUAAAAGGGGAACUGGCGCUCAGUCAUCGUUUACCACCACUACCACUAUAUCAACGUCUAAUACCAGACACAAAGAUAUGGGCUUAAGAGCUCUGAGAUAACCACUAAGCGAUGCUAUC